CCAAACAUUUGCGUCUUAUACCCGGCCACGCAGGCUGAGUUGGAGGUUGAGAGGGGAAGGGCUGAAGAUUAUCAAGAAAUUGAACGAUUUGAUGACCUGUCCCCCGUCCAAAUGACUGAAAAAUCUAGGACAGUCAACAAGUGGUAUGCAGCAUUUACAAAGGCGACCGAUUUCGACUCGUGGGGUCAGCUGGUUGAAGCUGCGGAGGAAUACAACGGAGUUGCAAAAGAACUCCAUAAGUUCACUGCUGUCCAGGAAAAGAUGUUCCAAGAUGAUCAAAAAAAGCUGAUACUGAAGAUAGCACUCUGUCUAGACUUGAGGAGUAAAACAUUACUUCAAACACAGGCAACUGCUGGUCAGGAUCCUAUGACAUAUGAUGAUAUAAAGAAAGUUGGAGAAGUGCUAAGAAAUUUGAUAGUUGGCUGGCAUGAGCCUUUUCCUGUCAGGGUUGAAGUUCCCACUAGAAGUGCAACGGUCGAUGAGGAUUCUCCAUUCCAUGAAGAAGUGGUGUUGGCUGGAGAAGGUGGCACUCUGUUACCACGGAUACCAUAUGAAGAAGGAUUUCACCGCCUAACUGUUCGCAUUGAUAGGAUUGGGCUAAAGGAUGCCGAAUCUUAUAUCAAUUCAUACUUCAGUGUUCAUGUUAAAGACAGUGACUGUGUAGUGGUGGCUUCCUCCCAGGAUACUCCUGUUUCUAAUCGCAAGGAGGGGAGUUAUGUCGUGUUUGGUAUUGAAGUAGAGAUACAGAAACACAUUGAAAAAUUUCCUAAAGGUACUGCUGUAUUUUUCGAAUUCAAGCAUUACAAGCCCAAGAAAAACAUCAUAAGCACAAAAUGCUUUGGGUUUAUGGAACAAGAUGAGAUUCGAUCCGGGCCUGCUUGCAUAGAACUAUAUCAGAAGCCAACCGAUUUUCGGCGCAAAAAGUUGAAUUUAUUGACUUCAAAACCUUUAUAUCUUCAUUUGACGCUAACUAUCCACGAUGAAUAGACAGACGUCUGCACAUAAGAAAAUUACUUUUGCUCUUGUUAACCACGAUGGAUGGAUAGAGGGACACAUAUUAUCCAGCCAUAGACUGAGAAACUGAGGAAAGGGUGAAGUGCUAGGUCUCUCGGAUACACGAUACGGAAUUCACGGAACGUCACCGAUCAAAGAUGACAGGAUACUUGUUACAGUAAGCGUCAUGUGAUUCGUCAUGAGGAGCAUCAUGGGAUUGAAACCAGAAUGAAUCAUGGGAUACUUGUUAUUUUAUUCGUCAUGAGGAGCAUCAUGGGAUACUUGUAAUGUGUCAUGUGAUUUGUCAUGAGGAGCAUCAUGGGAUUAACCAAAAUGAAUCAUGGGAAACUAUUAAAUUAUUGCAAGGAAUAUAUGAUAAGGAGAGUCUCCGAAUCACUAGAAGUGUGACACUGGUACGAAAGCCAUUAGAGACACAAUGCGAAUUUUAAAGGACAUCUAAUUUAUUCACAAUAGACAACACUUGCUAAACGGAUAGACAAAGUUUUCACUUAUCUUAAUGAAUUUUACACCAUUUCACGAUCUUAACUUAUAAAAACAAGAUUCUGCAGACUAUUUUAAGGUUGUAGAUAUGUUUAUAAAAUCUUGUAAAGUAUAUGUACCUCAACAUAAAAUAUUUUAUAUUUUUCUGACUGA